UGACCAAUCAGAUCACACGACUCUCUCAUUUUCUGAAUGUUCGCCAUAUUGUUGGAUUUCUUUACCACACCCUGGGAUUUUAAUAGCGAGUUAGUGGACUCAAUUAGGGUCGAAGUUGACCCUUGUUGAUCUCCAUUAUCUCAAAACAAUAAGUAAAUGGAAUUGGAAAACAUCGUUGCAAAUACUGUGUAUUUAAAAGCACGCGAGGGGGGAGGAGGAAAAAGAAAAGGAAAGAGUAAAAAAUGGAAACAGAUACUGAAAUUCCCACACAUUUCAAAAUGCUUACACAAAAAAGAUGACAUACAUAUAUCCUAUGAGUUUUUAGUGGAGCAGCAACCAAUAGGGAACCAGUUAUUUAGACUAUACUGUAGCACCAGACCAGAGCUUGCCAAAGCCAUUAAAUUCCUUGAUCAAGUGAUAGACAUGUACAUGGAUCUGGCUGAUAAUGUCAAAAAGGGAACCCAGACAGUCCAAUUGAUGACUGCCCCAAAACCAAAUGAUUACCACCACAUACAUUGUAGAACCAUAAUGAACUACAUAUUGUUAAAGUCCACAUUUGAAGUCAGUCCUGCCGAGAAGAGAUUAACAGAUGCUACUUCUAUAUUUGACAAAUAUUUAGACACAAAGUCUCCGGACUAUGUUAGUCAUUUAAAUGGCGUCCAGGUCUCAAAAAUAAAGGAAGCCAUUGCAGAUAAUAGUGCUAAUAAGGACCUUUUUACCUCGUGUGUUGAAGCUGUGACAGAGCACUUGCGGAGAGAUCCAUUCUCAGAAUUUCUGGAAUCAUUGUUUUUUAAAAGAUAUCUGCAAUGGAAAUAUUUAGAACAGCAACCUGUAACCAAGAACACGUUUCGUAUGUACAGAGUGUUAGGGAAAGGUGGCUUUGGCGAAGUAUGUGCUUGUCAAGUACGAGCAACUGGUAAAAUGUAUGCAUGUAAAAAGUUAGAAAAGAAAAGAAUAAAGAAGAGAAAUGGAGAGAGAAUGGCUUUAAAUGAAAAGCAGAUUCUUCAAAGGAUAAACUCGAGAUUUAUUGUUAAUUUAGCCUAUGCAUUUGAAACAAAAGAUGCACUGUGUCUAGUGUUAACCAUUAUGAAUGGUGGAGAUCUGAAGUUUCACAUACACAAUAUGGGCAACCCUGGCUUUGAAGAAGAUAGGGCUGUUUUCUAUGCAGCAGAAAUAACGUGUGGUCUUGCUGACCUUCAUUCAAAGGGCAUUGUUUAUCGAGAUUUGAAGCCAGAAAACAUAUUGUUAGAUGACAAUGGUCAUGUUAGAAUAUCAGAUUUAGGACUAGCAGAGGAAGUGCCAGAAGGGGAGACAAUUAAGGGUCGUGUAGGAACUGUAGGUUAUAUGGCUCCAGAAGUAGUGAAAAAUGAAAGAUACUCAUUUAGUCCUGAUUGGUGGGGUUUAGGUUGUAUUAUUUAUGAAAUGAUAGAAGGCAAGGGACCUUUUAGGGCAAGAAAAGAGAAAGUUCGGCGAGAGGAGGUGGAUCGUCGAGUGAAAGAAGAUAGAGAAGUCUACUCAUCUAAAUUUUCUAAUCCGGAUUGUUGUGAUAUUUGUCAACAGCUUCUACAGAAAGAUCCAACAGGUAGACUAGGUUGUUCGGAGUCUGGUGCCAAUGCAGUUAAAGCCCACCCAUUUUUUAAAACAAUCAAUUUUAAACGAUUAGAAGCUGGAAUUGAAGAUCCACCAUUUGUUCCCGAUAGAAGAGCUGUAUAUUGUAAAGACGUUCUAGAUAUAGAACAAUUUUCUACAGUAAAAGGAGUAAAUUUAGAUCCCACUGAUGAUAAAUUUUAUGUAAAGUUUAAUACAGGCAGUGUAUCUUAUGCUUGGCAACAAGAGAUGAUUGAAACAGAGUGUUUUAAAGAAUUAAAUACUUUUGGUCCCGACGGUGGUGCAUCACCAGAUUUAGAAGACCCACCUCCUCCAGAAAACAGGGGUGGUUUAUUAGAGAGAUUGUUUAGACGACCGAGGACAAACCAGCACACAUGCUGUUAUAAUUCAGAAGGACACUGACAGAGGUAUUUUACCUGGUGUUAAAGACACUCAGUGAUAUUAUUUAUCAAAGCUCAGGAUUAUGUCCAGGGAGAUAAACAGAGGAUAAACUGUCUUAGGGGAAGAUAACUCCAGACCCGACAGCCGUCUCUGAGGAAUGAUUUUUAUAAAUUCCCUAGUAUAAUCAACAACUUUGCUAGUUCCUUACUUUAUUUUUGUUGUUAAGAGAGAUCUUGAUAUAAUCUUAUUGUGUUUAUCCAAACAGAGAUAAAAAUAUAUGCCAUCAUUUUUUUCUGUGAAGGUGGAUUAUGCACCUCCAGAAUAUGUGAGAUUUAGGAUUGUAGGGCUCCUGUGAUAAAAUGUAUAUAGUGGUCACUUGCUAGAUGAUAUUCAGUUAUAAGGUCAUUGGUCAGCUGAAGAACUCAGGUUCCCUACCUAGAUAAUGCAGAGUACUACUACUAGAUAUCAAUCCAAUGUCUUUUUUCAAAUUUUGAAUGGAAAUCUUUUAUUAAUUAAGGGAGGUUAGCCUUGGAAAAGGGAUACAACUCUAUGAUUUAUUCUUUUUUUUUUUGUAGAAAAUUUCAUCAAUACUUUUAAAGCAAUCUUGUGAUACAGAAUUUAAAAAUCUGUGUGACUAAGAAUCGUAGAAUAUAUUCAAAUUAUAAAAAUUUAUAAUUAAUACAUUAGUACAAAAGAACAUAUUUUUGUUACUAAUUUAGAAAACAAAAAAUCAAUUUCUUUUCAUAAAGAAAGGAGUACUUUUAAGAAAUUUGACAUGAGUUCAGUACCUUAGAUCGAACCCCUGCUCAUUUUACAAAGAUAUAACUUAACACAAGAUUGAGAUUUUAUUUAAGUAUUAUACAUUUAUAUAUUUUGUGUUUCUUAAGAUUUGCAUAUUAUAGCAGACCUGUAUACUUCUUUGAAGAAAAGAGAAUAAAAAUGUUUUUUUCUUUCCGUUGAAAGAGUUAAAAUGUAGGCUAAGUGGCUAAUUAAAAAUCCAGUAGUGCUUAGAAAUUUGUAUUCCUGAUAUAAAACUGAGUCCCAUUGCUGUACUGGUUCAGAAAAAUCCAACCUUGUUUGACUUCACACUUUGAACUAAAGAAGUUAUUUAAACUUCUAAUAGGAAGCUGAGAUUGCAUGUGCAAUUCUUAGUUUUUAACUUUACAAAGUUGAAAUAAAAAGAGUACAAUAAUAUGAAAGCUUGCUAAAAUACAUCUUGUUGCAUUCACAAUUUUUUUUUUCCCGCUUUUUUAAAGUUAAAGGCAAUGGACAAAAAAUUAUAUUUAUAAAAAAAAAUCACACAACUUAAAAAUCACACAAUUUUGUUAAAAGUAUCAGAAACAUGGUUUUAUUUUGUAGUUAUGAAUGAUUAAUUUAGACGAAGAACAACAAUAAAAGUGCUGUGUCUUUGCUAAUCGUUUUGUCAACUAAAUGCAUGUAGGGAUUUUGAAAUGAAUUAACACCACAUCCCCUCUUUUUUUUUACUCUAAAAUAUGGGAGUAAGUUUUUGACCAAGACCAGGUCCAUGGGAACAUAGCUAUAUAUUAUACCCAACAUUAUAUAAUCUUUAUAGAAUAGGGCAUUUAUUUAUUCUGACCACUAUUUAAUAAGACUGAGUUGUGACCUAAGUUGAGAUGAGGAGUUUAUUUACUUUCACAUAAUGGCUGUCCCAUAGAUAUACACAUGGAGAGAGGAACACACUUAUGGUCUGAUCCCCACACAUAAAGUGUGCUCCUCUCUAGGAGUAUGUUAAAAUGGGACGGUUAUAAAUGUGACCAAAGGGUAAUUAAUGCCUGUAUCUAAUAAGUGAUAGGAGCUAUGAUGGCAGCUUGCUAGUCAAGAUUAUUUGUACCUGGUGUUCAUUUAAAUGUUGUCUUCCUAUAAGGAAAUUUCGUAGAUAGAAAACUUGCCAGUAUUUUGUCAAAAAAAAAAGAAUUUGUUUACAUUGCAAGGUAAUGUGCUCACAGUAAUAUGUUUUGUUAUAAUUGUUAGAUUUUUAUUUCUCCUCAGUUAUUGUAUCAUUGGAGUGAGAGAAGUUUUUAUAGUGUGAAUGAUUAUCUGCCAGUAUUUAAGAUGUAUGUAUAUUCUUUGUUAUGAAACCCAUUUGAUGACUCAAGUUUUCAUUUGUAGUAAAUAAUGCAUCAAAUAUAAUACAAGGAUUUUAUUUUGUCCAGUGUUGAAGUGAUUUUUUUCAUUUUUGCAUUGUAGUUCUGAUUAGGCCAGACUUGCAUUGUUUUUCAAGGUAUUUAUAUAUAUAUUGAAUUUUGCUAUAAAACAUAACUCACUUUCCUUAAAUUUAUUUUUUAGAGAGAAAAAAAAUCUUAUUAAGAAAAUACUUGGCUUUCUAACUGGAAAUGUUAUUUUAACAUUUAAAAUUCUGCACCAUUUGCGGUUAACCUAAAGAUAAUUAACAUGCUUGUAGUUGAUAUAUUUUUAUAAAUUUGGAUGCUAAUGGUCUUAGAAUAAUUACAUAAUUUCACUGGUUAAAAUUGUCACCUGUAAGGAAGAUAGUAUUAAUGAAUCACAUUCAUCAUCUGUCUCUUGCACCCUAACUAACAGAAGAUGUGAGUUAUACAUAAUUGUUACCCUUGGACCUGAAGACCAAGAAUACAGUUUGUCUAUUGUAAUGCUGUACAUGCAGUGUGUUUGUAUGCUGGCUACAAACUUAGACAGGCAUCACAGUAUGUUGGUAUGUUUGCCACAAUCUUACACAGGCAUCACAGUAUGUUGGUAUGUUUGCCAUAAUCUAAGACUGGCAUCACAGUAUGUUGGUAUGUUUGCCACAAUCUUACACAGGCAUCACAGUAUGUUGGUAUGUUUGCCAUAAUCUAAGACGGGCAUCACAGAAUGGUUUGUCAUUACAUAACGUGCCUUAGCCCAAGAUUAUUCAGAAGGUAAGGGUCACAGAUGAUUAAUUAAUUCAUAUGAUGCAAAUAAAUAUCAACAUGAAGCUGUCAUUACCAUGACACAUUUAGGACCUUGCAUUAUUCGGUUUAUGUAAAACUUCUUAACAAAUUCUACAAUCCAGUACUUUAAAUCUAGCAAUGUUGCAUUGGCAGACCUUUGAUUUUGACAGGUUUUAUUUCUUUACAAAUUCUAGUCUGGUUUAAUCAGAUAGAUCAUUCGUGACCAUUUGAUAAAGUUGAUAUAUCUUCUACCUCUUAAAAUGAUAUUAACACCAAUAUUUUGUUAGAGCUUUACAUAAUGCCUGACUACACACAAAUAGAUCUAUGCUUUCAAUACACUAUAAAUACCACACGUCUAACAUAACUAGAUAUUUAUUUAUAGCCAUUACGAACAAACAUAUUUGAAGCAUUGUAACUAUAUUUUGUUUGAUUAUAACCUUUCUUUUUAAUUUCCUGGGUUUACACUCUCAACCAGGAAGUGAAAAUAACAAAUGGAUUGUAAAUAAACAUGGUGCAUAAGAAUAAACAAUUUUUCUUUUAAAUUUAGUUUCUAUCUAAUGAAACUUAUGAGAGAAUUAAAUAAAGUUAUUAAACAUUAAAUCAUGAGAUUAAGAAGAAAGAAAUUUUAUUUUUGUCAAUAAAGGUUUGUGAAGAGGUACUGUGAAACACUGAAACCAUGACUUAUUUUUCAUGAAAGUAAAAAAAAAUCUGCUUUGAAAGUUGCAUUUCUACCUGUUUGCAGGAAACAUUGCCAAUAAAAGCCUUUCAUCAACAACAAAAAAUAAAAAGUUGCAAACAUGGAUAAAUAAAACCAAAAAAACCCAAAUUGUUUACCAACUUUACUAUAAUAUUCUAAUUAUAGAUAUUUAUGGGAAGUUUUCCUUUAAUAAAUAGAAUUCAAUUUUUUUUCAGAUAGCAUAUUCCAAGUUAAAAAGUCCAAUAUUAUAGCAUAGAUAUAGAGUACUCUUUGUAAAUAAGUAAAUUAUGAGGAUUGUGACUACAUAAUGAGUAAAUAGUAUUGUAUGAAUGUGAAUGUGACAAAAAUGUAUUAAUACCAGAUAAUUAUUGUUAUGUGCUAGAGCAAUGUGUUCAAAUGGUAGAUUUGAAAUAUAAUCAAAUAGAGAAUCUCAUUAACGAAUCUCUGCUUCAAAGUGCUGGAAGAUAAUUUAACUUUCAUUUAUCCAGCCAUGAAUUAAAAUCGUUAGAUUCAACUAUGUAUUUAUUUUCUUAUAACAUCUCUUUUCGAUCGAAGUUUAAGAAAAUCUGAUGGCUAGGUAAACAAAAUGAAUAAAAUAUCUAUAGGUAGAAUUUACCUUUAAAGCUUUUUGAGUUCAAGAUCUCCACUCCAAUGAAUGCAAAAUAUUCCUGUUCAACAUAUAGUACUUAGUAUUUUGUUAAAUUACCUAUAUCUAAAAAAAAAUACUAACUACAGGUAUUUUAACAGUGGGCAUUUUAUAAGCUGAUCAAUACUUGCUCAAGUUGUGGCGAGAUAUAUAGGAAUGAUGUUUCCACCACAUUUUUGAUAAGGAGGCAUUGUUUUUGUCACAUUUUUCUACUUGAUUGAAAGCUGUGUCAAUCCUGCUUUACACAAAGCUUUUUCAAUACUGCUUGACACAAAAGUUUGUCAAUCCAUAAUCAAUGACAACUAACAUUCAAAGGGAGUAUCUUUUAAAAAAAUUUAUGCAGUUUUGCAGCUUUUAUUUUUAGAAGGAAUCUAGGUGCUCAUUAUAAAUGUUGUCAGUGCAAAAUCUUGUAAAGUCUACAUUUAAAUGAAUUGAGAAAUAAUUUAAGAUAUUGCUUUGUAAAAUGUGCAUUCUAAAAUGUUAUGCCGACAAGAGAUUUAUGAGAGUUAUUUAACUUAUCUUCCUUUGUUAAGUGAACUUGAUAAUCUGUAUUUGAAGCUCAUUGGUAUUUUUCUAAUGAAAGUAAAUACUAGCUAGGUUAUAUAUCUAAUGUGAAUUUUUCAAUGAGGGGUAAGAGUUCAAAGAUUUUCCUUUUUUGCAUAAGCCCAAUUUUGCAGUGAAAACUGUUACCAAUGUCAAAUUGAUUUUGACAAUGAAUGAAAGAAAUUUUUGUUACUCAAAAUAUAAAAUGAAUGUUCGUACAACGGUUACUAUUGAUGUUUGUCAUAUGAAUUUCUUACAAUAUAUAUAUAUAGCUAUAAAAUUUGACUUGUACAAGAAUAGUCUUUUUGCAUGGUAAAUGGUGUGGAUAUGUUAAACCACUUUUUAAUAUAAUAAUUGAUCUCUUUUAUUUAUGUUUGGAGAAAGUAUUUUAUUUGCCUCAUCUGUUGCUUUCAUGUUUUUACCAAUCACCAUUAACAUGAUAAAGAUCAUAUAAAUUGUCAUUAACUUCACAUAACAAUUUUGUGUUGAUUUUCUAACGAUAGGACUGUGUAUAAUUGUAGAACAAUAAAAAAAAUACACUAAAUGACUAGCCUAAAGAUAUACUGUGGAUUCACUUAUUUUCGUGGGUACCAAUUUUCGCGGUUUGAGGAAAACUUGCAUAUUUGUGGAUAUUUUAUUUCGUGGUUUUGGCAAAGUCUACAAUCCUUCCUUUUGUAAACUUAUAAUUUGUUGAACAUUUGAAUUAGUGGUUCUCCUAUACCCACGAAAAUUGGUAUCCAACGAAUAUUAAUGAAUCCACAGUAACUGUGAAUUUUGUCCUUAUUUACCUGUUUGUUUUAACACAUGUCUUUGAAAGCACCAUUUACCAAGCAGAUUUUGAUACUUGAAUCGUAUUUAUUAUUGUAUGUAUGUGCUGCAGGAUUCAGCUGUGUAUAUAUGUCCUGAUUAUUUUAAUGUGAAUGUUUUACAGUUUAUAACUUGUCCGUUUCUCUCGGUAACCUCAUCAAUAUUUACAAAUAAAAUGUGCUGUUUUUCUUUGUAAAAAAAAAUAUAUAUAUUUCUCCGGUGUAAUCAACUGUACAUUGGUGCUUUUCAUAAAAAAAAAAAUCAUUUUGACCAAAGAAGCUGACAUAUAUCACAUUGAAAAUUCUUUUAACUGAUUAGUAUGAUUUUAAGAGGUUCUCUAGAAAUUAAUAUAUCAAAAUACUUUAAAAUUCAUAUAUUAAGUUUGGAGGAGGAGGUAUAAUAAGAGCCAUUUCUUGACCCAUGAAAAAAAAUAUUUAAGGCUUUCAAAAUUAUGCUAGUUUUAUUGGUUAAUGAACAGGUUAAUAAAAUCUAUGAUUUCAUGCUUAUGUUAUAAUUUACCUACCUAAAAUGCCCAUUACACGUAUGCUUUAUGUCAAUAUAAAUAUGAGCAAGGGAUUUACCGCAAAAGACAAACUGUGGCUCAUAUUUAAGUAUCAAUGGCAAAAUCUCAUAAUGAGGUUAUUUUGGCAGUUUUUUAUGUCUUACUAGAUUUUGCAAGCCUGACUAAUGUCUAACAAACAACCGAAAGAUAUAACGAGACAAAUCUAUAACACCUUUGAAUUUUCUAAUUCAAGGGACAAAAAAAGUGGUCUUAUUGCACCUUCUCCUUUUUCAACUUAAGGUUCCAUAUGGUUAAGAGAGAAAUUUUAUGAAUAAAAGCACAGAAGUGUCGGAAAAAGACAAAAUUAUAAAAUAGCUUUCAGGAAAAAAAGAUUUUUCAUUUUCAUAAAAAAAAAUACAGAUGUACAAAUGUAUGAAAUAAAUUUAAAGAUAUGUAAUUUUUAACAGAAUAAUUAUUUUUCAACUUAUGUAAUAUUUCAAAACAGCACAGGGUAUAUUCAUAACAUUCACUUUAUUUUUCAACAUUGACAAUUUCCUGUAUUGACUACAUUUGAUCAAUACUCUAUAACAGCAUUAUAGGCUAUAUUUAGUAGGUGAUGUAACCUCUUUUGAUACCUUUCUAGUAGAUAUGAGAAUGAGAAACGUGUAAAAGUUAUAUGAAAAUGUGAAUGACAGCUCACUAAUAAAAUGUUAAAUUAUA